UCCUUUCUUUUACUUGUUUUUUGCUUUUAUUUUAGUAUUAACCAACUAAACCUCUGUAGUGUACUUAUAAGUAGUGAAGGAAGGGUAAUGACUCGCAAACCUGUCAGGCGGUCUGUCAAUUUACUAUUACACACUGAUAGUAAGUACUGUGUACAGGCACUAGUCACCUUACUAAGCAUUUGGGAAGUCUGUUUGCUGUUACUUUAUUUAGAGCUUUAUUGUCCAGUGUUAGUACAGGAUGAAACCGGAGUACCUGGAGAAGACCUACAGUGUUAGGUAAGGCUACACUCGCACCUUAUAUUAAUGCAUCCACAAUAAUACAAACAUACCAAAAAUCACCAUUAAAAGUCACAAGUGCCAAGAAUUUUUUUUAUUCAAGUCAUUCGGACAAAUAUUACACGAAUAAAUAUCUGUCAGCCACGAUAACUCAACAACUGAGAAAUAUACAGAUUAUUAAUUUUUAUCAUGAACUAAAGAAGGCAACUGUGUGCUGAAAAUCAAUACGGUUUAAUAAUUUAUUACACACGAAAAAUUAUGAUGUUGUUUAGUUCAUUUUGUCUUAUAGUUUAUAUUUUUCUAAAUUUUCCAUAAAAGCGUCGUAUAAAACUUUUAAAUGUAAAAUUGUACUUUUAUGUUAUAUGUAAAGGUCAAACUUAAUUUCCUUAUAACUUUACACUUAUUUAUACUCACACAAAUACAGCCACAGAAACACACACACACAUGAAAUUGGUUUAAUAUUCACCACAACAUUAAUUAUCCACUAAUCAAACGUCACUUCAGUAUUCACAAAGUAUCCACGACCUCACACACAUCAAAUAUUAUCUUUCAUAUGUCAAGUGACAUUCAAGGUGUCAAGGGUCCUCUCUCACGCUCAUAACACAUGACUACCUCUCGGGAGAUAAGAGACGGCGAUCACCGGCCCUGAAAAAUGUCAAAUAAGAUGUAAAAAGAACGAGGGAUCAUCUGAAGAACAUCCACCACAGCUUAUUUCACCUAAAGAUUAACCACACUAACACUGUGCAUGUACAGCCACAAACAGAGGUCCAUUUAAAUUCUUUUCCUUAACUACAGCACUGUUUAUAGGUAGACAAACAAUUAGGAUACUUGUUCCAACAGUCCAGAGUCACAGGAGAGUAAACAAAGUACAGUACUGUACCUGUAUUGUUGCCGGGCUGUCCCCAAGAGGGUAUAUAAGGAGUGAGACGACCAGUACCUCGUCAGUCUCCUCCAGUCUCACUCUGUGUAAGGUAGGUGGAACCUCAUAUCCUCCAUACACACACACACACAAAACCUAACACACACACACACACACGGCUAAAUAAUUUAGAAGUUAUUGGAGAAUAUGAAUUAUUUUGUUUAUAUUUUUUAGAAUAUAUUAGCCAAGUUGUCAGUUGAGGUGUUGGUAGCAGCCUUGUUAUGUUACCUGGCUGGUGUAGAGGUAAGUCACCUGACCACCAAUAACUAGCUAGAUGGUUCCUUCAUUAAUAAGUCCUUGACAUAUUUAUAUUAGAAGAUAUUCAUUUAAUAUACGUAAGUCAAUCAUUCAUUCACUUUAUUAAUUUGUCCCACAAGUGAAUUUCUGUCCUUGUCCGUCUGUUUGUUUACCCUCGCCAAUAAUGAGUUGAAUCAUAUCUUAGACAAAUCAGCUUCAACAUUAACCAAUUGUUAUGGAUGACCUAUGUUUGGAGAGGUCAAGAUCUAAGGUCACACCGUUUACUAUAAGUGAAACAAAGAUCAUAUAAGAAUUGUAUUUAUUGCAUUAGAUUCCUUAACAACACCAUGAGGGUGGUGGGGUAUCCCAAUCCAUUGCCCAUAACAUGACUGGGGUGAGGUUGACCUUCUCAGAUUGCCUUGUUCUUUUUUGUUUUCCACAGGACCACCUCUGAGAACACCAGCAGUCGUCUACGUCACAGAGGGAGAUGAUUGGUGGGGAUGGGAGGAGUCUACAACCUUCCUCUGUGCUGUGUGUCUUACUGCUGGCUGGUGUUGUGUGUACGGCUUCGGGCUCUCUCUACCAACACCUACACCAGCACAGUUACCAACAGAGACACCGGGGAGGCUCAUCAGCAACUUGUACCUUAAACUCUCAACUGGUGGCAGCGACGAUAGUAGUAGCAACCACGUCUCACCCCACACAUCUCCACCUCGUCUUCCAGGACAUGCCGGAUUCAUGCCUGGUAGGGGCGCUGUGGGACGUUGGUGUGGGCGUAAAGCUGAUGGAGAUACGGGAGUGGAGGGAGAGCCUGUCUCAAUUAUCGUACUUGGCCUCCUCACAGCACCUCCUCGUGGGAAACUUGACCUGGCUCACCCACAUCAUGCGACAGGUACAUCCACUGUAUAGCUUUUCCAAGAUCAAUGCUCUGAAAACGCAUUGGCUCUGGGUGGCAACAGAUGUAAAGGAAACUCUGGUAUAUCCUCCAUCUUACACUUCUUCACCAUCGUCUGUUUUCUCGGAGGCAUUGCUGGAUGUCUCUGAUGCUCUUGUGGAGGGCGUGAGAGGCCUCCUGAUAGCUACGUCCUCCAGGAACCGAUUGAGUGGAGAUCCUUCAGUCAUUCUGCCGGAAGGUUUACAAACAGAAUUCCUAGAUACGUGGGUGAUGAUUGGCGGCGUGGAUGCUCCGGGUGACGGGUCAUGGCGAAUGAGGUUGACUGCCACCAUGACCAGCAGUGGUCUGAAGGUCUUUUCACCACUCUGGCCAGACCCGCCCACCAACUUCCACUUACGACCCUUCAGGAUUGCCUGCAUCAAGAAACCUAAAGUGUUCGAGUUCGAUGACGGGGAUAGCCUGGAGGACGCUGGAGGAUACAUAGUGGAGAUGAUGCACGUCCUCCGCCAACACUUCAACUUCUCUGGCCUCCUCGUGCCCACAGAGGGUUUUGGCCUUCUCAUGCCCAAUGGCUCCUGGAACGGCAUGGUCGGGGUGCUACAGCGUAGGGAGGCAGACAUGGCAGCCCUGGACUUCACACCGAGCUGGGCGAGGACGGCGGUGGUAGACUUCAGCCUUCCCAUUGGUGAGGACAUAGUCGUCAUCAUCUCCAGAGCUCCGUCAGUAAUCAUCAGGCCCUUCCUCCUCCUCCAGAUCUUCUCUCCUUUUGUGUGGGCGUGCAUCAUAGGCAUGGCAUUGAUGGUGGGCGUGGUGCUGGGUGUGGUGACCUGGGCGGAGGGUGCUCUCUCCUCCUCGGCUGCUCACGCCCGCCUCCAUGUUGGUAUUAUGGAACACACAACCAAUGUUCUUAAGAUACACAUUGCUCAAGGUCAUGUAUCUGCCACACUUAAUGUUUCUCAGUGUUGAUUCUUGUUGUCUUAUAUGUUAAGGUAAAUGUGUCAAGUGUUCAUCAUAAUGUUGUAUAUUAUGCUAGUGUAGACCAUAACAGUGUCCACCUACUACAUCAUAAGAGAGUAAUAUCAUGUGAAAAAAAACCAGACAAUUAUCACAUGGAGCAUUACAUAAGUAGUACAGGAUUGUCACACUUGUAAGAGGCUAACAUGUAGUGGAUGUUGGUAUAACAGGCAGUAGGUGGUGGCCGCGGGGAACUGGCGGGCGUGUGG